CAAUGGUAUCCUCGAAGACUAUACUUGCGCUAGAUGCCGAUGUACUGCUUCUCAUAAUCGAGCUCGCCUGUGUUCGAGGAGGCUUGCGCAGUCUUUCUGCCACGUGUCGUUGGAUUCGUGCACUUUCCAUGCCUGUUCUCUUCGCACAUAUCUGCCUACGACCAAGUGAUCUCACCCCGCGAGGCUUCAUCCUCAGCAGUGUCAGACCACAUGUCCGUACCAUACAUUUCGGUCAGCAGUUUUUCUUCGCGCCCACUCAACACGAGCAUUGUGGACCCGGGCCACGUCAUCGCAUGCACGAUAGCCCGGAUACUCAAUUUCUCCUUGAUGCCUUCCGCGGAAUGACACGAUUGCGGAACAUUGUGGUCGACACCAUGUUCGGCAAUGGUAUCCCGUUCUACAUCCUCGAUGCCGUUUUCUCUGCUCCCCAGCUCAGCACGGUCCAGUGCGGCCCGUCAAUAUGCCUCCCAGCGGAACAAGAUCCCAGCUUUCCUAAACGUCUAAGGCUGAGUGGUCCCGUCGCCCCCCUGACCACAUUUCGCCGCGCCCUCUCGACCAACCAGAGGUCUUCGCGGAUACCGGCUGAGGCGGACUUCCUCUACUGCUUAUUCAAACGAAUCCACGACACGCUCCAAGUGGCGGAGAUGCCAAGCGACACAGCGCCCUUGCGAGCGUUCCGGAACAACGAUUGGCCGUCUCUCCGCGAGCUUGUUCUACGUGGGGGACCGCGACGUUCGUCUCGUGCAUUCAUCCUCGAGAGCCUGACGCGGAUGCCAAACCUUCGCAUUCUCAAACUCGAGCUAGCACAGCGCUCCGGAACGGGCUCUCAGCUGAUAUGCCCCCCCGGCUGGGCGGGCGGAUGUUCAUGGCCAAAUCUGGAGGCACUGACGAUAUCGAACCCACACCCGGAUGACGAACUAUACGCGCACUUGCCAGAUAGUCUACAGGAGUUCAAUCUUCGGUGCUUCCCCCCACACUACGUAGCCGCCGAUCCGGACGGACAGGGCGAGUUCAUGGCACAAUUCGGAUGGGAAUCUUCGCUCCUCACGUCAGCUGAAAUGUUGCACAUCCUGCGUCGCUGUAGCCCAUCCCUUACCCAUCUUCGGCACCUCAACAUCGAGUUCGAGGAGUCGGAGGAAGAUAUCCCGCUCUUGCGCUACAUUGCAUCCGCAUUUCCGGCGCUCACAUUCC